GUGACACGACCCGCCAGCGAAUCAAAUUUAGUGAUGACAGAGUGUGCAAGAGUCACCUUCUCAACUGCUGCCCUCAUGAUGUGCUCUCUGGAACUAGGAUGGACCUUGGAGAAUGUCUGAAAGUGCAUGACCUGGCGUUAAGGGCAGACUAUGAAAUAGCAUCGAAAGAUCAAGAUUUCUUCUUUGAACUUGAUGCAAUGGACCACCUGCAAUCAUUUAUUGCAGACUGCGACAGAAGAACAGAAGUGGCUAAGAAAAGACUAGCAGAAACCCAAGAAGAGAUCAGUGCUGAAGUUGCAGCUAAGGCUGAAAGAGUUCAUGAAUUGAAUGAAGAAAUUGGGAAACUACUGGCCAAAGUAGAGCAGCUGGGAGCUGAUGGGAAUGUGGAAGAAUCUCAGAAAGUAAUGGAUGAAGUGGAGAAGGCCCGAGUAAAGAAGAGAGAAGCAGAAGAAGUAUACAGGAAUUCUAUGCCUGCCUCCAGCUUUCAACAGCAGAAGCUACGGGUUUGUGAAGUAUGUUCUGCUUAUCUCGGUCUUCAUGACAACGACCGACGACUUGCUGACCACUUUGGAGGAAAACUACAUUUAGGGUUUAUCGAAAUAAGAGAGAAGCUUGAGGAACUCAGGAGGAUUGUGGCUGAUAAACAAGAGAAACGAAAUCAGGAACGUCUGAAACGUAGAGAAGAGAGGGAAAAAGAUUCUGUAACAAAAGUUGAUGGACCAUUUUCCAUUUGUUUCAGGUCCAGAUCCCAUAGCAAGCAUACCAAAAGAUCUAGAUCCCGAGAGCGUCGCAGGCAUCGGUCUCGUUCAGCCUCCCGGGAACGAAAGAGAAGAACUCGUUCCAAAUCCCGUGAGAAACGCCAUCGUCACAGGUCUCGCUCUAACAGCCGGAGCCGCAGCCGCAGCCACCAUAGAAGCAGGCAUAGUUCCAGGGAGAGAAGCCGAGAACGCAGCUCCAAAAAAAGAUCCUCAAAAGAAAGAUCUUCCAGAGACAAAGAACGUUCAAGAGAUCGUGAUAGAACAUCACGUGAUAAGGAUAGAAGCUCAAGAGAAAGAUCACCCCGAGAUUUCAAAGACAAGAAACGUUCUUAUGAAAGUGCUAAUGGCCGAUCAGAAGACCCGAGGAGCUCAGAAGAGCGUGAAGCAGGGGAAAUAUAACUGGCUGUAUAUUCACCUGAUCUCUAGCUUCCUAUGGAGUUGCAUACUAAGGUUUAGUUUACAGUUGUUCAAAGGGACACCAGUGAGCAGUUCCAGACACUGAUCCAACUAGGGUAGAUGUACAGUAUAUAAAAGUGGUUAUAACCAAGUCAGAAUUAAAUCCCAUUGGUUAAUGAUGCCUAAAGCUGGGUCCUGGACUUUCAAGUUGUAAAACUUUUCUGAAAGAUUUCUCUUUAUUCAGGACAACAGUUUUAUGUACCAAGAUGCAGAUCUCAAUGUUUUUAAUCUCCUUUCCAAUACACGUUAGUGAACAAAUUAUAUUGUACUACUUGCCUUGGGUGCUUUUGAACCUUUAUAAAUUCUCCAAUUCUGCUCCAGUCAAAACAGCAGCAUUGAAAGGUUGUAUUUUGGGGGAUUUUUUUGGUUUGCUUUUUUUGUAAGAGGGUGGGUGGAUGGAUAUUGACUUUUACUCUAAGGUUACGUUCCCAGGGAUUUUUUGUUUGGGAACCCAGGAGUUGAUUACAGUGGGAGCAUUUAGACAGGAAUGUGUGCUGGAGAAAGCUGAAAUGUCUUUUUACAGUGCCUAUUUAGACUUGGAAAUUGAACAGCUGUUGCAUUACAUCUUUUUUUUUUUUAUUUCUACUUAAAUUUUGAAAUCAAAGCCAGUCCCAUAUCUGUACCAUUUGAUUGGUAUGUGUUCAAUAUAUUUGUUUUUUUUCCAUAAGGACUCUUUCUGCUUUUUCUUGUGGGGUGUAAACAGCACAUCCUUAAUUGUAAAAAUAACAAAGUAAAACAACAACAACAAACAAAAACUGAGAACAAAAAUAAAAAAUAAAAAAGGAAA